GACACCUAGUGAGUGAGAGAGAGAGAGAGAGUAUUACUCUAUUGGUUGAAAUAGAUGCCAUUUGUUGAGAGAGAGAGAGAGAGACAUAUAGUCAUUGCCAAGAUUAAAGGAGAAACACUAGGCUCCAUAUUUACUACUCCUGUAGGUUUUUGAUUUACCACACUGUAACUGUAGUCUGUAUAGCUCUGCAAGGUGAAGCUCAAUUUCAUUUGCUUCAAAGAGUCCUGUCAACAUAACCCGACAAUCCACAUCUUCCUUAAUCCCCACUCAAAACUACCACAAAUCAAACACUUUUUCAACUUAGAUAAAACACUCGCAUACACAUUUGCAAGGCAAAAUAAAAAGCUAGAGUCUUUUACAGCUUUACCAGUACUGUCCACAAUCUCCCCCCUUUAAAGCUGACAGAUUUCUCCCUCUCUCUCUCUCUUGAUUUCAGAUAAUGUUCAGUUUCAUCUCUCCUAUAUGUAUUGACUGCUCUCUCUUUUCCUCACACCUAGUUUUUCAAACUCAACAGUGAAAUCAAGCAAUGUUGGACUAUGGCUGGGGCAACACAUCAUCGAUCAUCCUCAAUGCCGAUGAACCCGGUCCCGAUCCAGAACCGAACCGCCCGGUUUUCGACCCUUACUCUUCCCACUCCUUCUCCGACCCACCCCCCAAUUUCUCUAACCCGGAUACCCACUUCUCCGCCGCCGUCCACCACCACCACCACCUCCCUUUCCACGCCCCUUCUCCAAACACCCACUUCACCGCCUUCUACGGCGGCGCGGCUGCCUCAUACGCGCCGCCGCAUCCGUCAAUCCUGACCCUCGAACCGGCUGCGGCGGCUUACUCGAUGGUGCCGAAGAGCGAGCCGGUGGGGGGCGGCUUCGACUUCAACGCGGAGUACAACAGCAGAAUCGGACUGAACCUUGGCGGCAGGACCUACUUCGCAUCCUCGGAAGACGACUUCGUGAACCGGCUCUACCACCGGUCCAGGAUUUUGGAGCCCGGUUCGGCCAACUCGCCGCGCUGCCAGGCGGAGGGGUGCAACGCCGACCUCACCCACGCCAAGCACUACCACCGCCGCCACAAGGUCUGCGAGUUCCACUCCAAGGCCGCCACCGUCAUCGCCGCCGGCCUCACCCAGCGCUUCUGCCAGCAAUGCAGCAGAUUCCACCUGCUGUCGGAAUUCGACAACGGCAAGAGAAGCUGCCGCAAGAGGCUCGCCGACCACAACCGCCGCCGCCGCAAAUCCCAGCAAAACAACCACGAAAAAUCCCACCCCGAAAUCUCCUCCACCUCUGAAAACCUAGCAAGGUCACCGACGGAAUCCGGCCAACACUCUUCAUCGGUGACGGUGGCGAUCUCGCCGCCGAGAAUCUCACUUGAUUGCUUCCGCCACCGCAGCGGCACAGCUCCAUCGUCCAACUCCCUCUUCUACUCCAACGGUUAAUUAAAGAAAGAAAAUGAAGAGGCUAUUAGCAAUAACAUAGUUGAGAGAUAUGAUGAUUUCCUUUUCCUCAUCGUUCUUGUUAACCCUUAUCUGAAUUAUUCCAACUCAAUUUCCCUUUUUUUAUUUUUAAAUUUUAUUAGUAUAAUGAUGAAUUAUUAUGUUUCCGUACGUGUAAGCCAUAUAUGAGCAAUGUACCUUCAUCUUCCAAGGGAUUGAA